CAGAAACCCGGGCAACAACAGUCUUAACCCUUCGCUCUGUUGCUGCGAAAAGGAGAAAACUUGAGGGAAAGCAUAAAAAAUGGCGAUGAGCGCUCUGUUAUAUGUUUCUGGUUUUCUCUCUUACACAAGUAAAGAAGUAAGUCAAAUUACAGGAUGUAGAAGCAAUUUGCAGAGCUCAUUCUAUGGAAGAUUCAUCAACAGUAAAAGCUUUAUAAGAACAGAAGUUAAUCGCAGUUCUAGAGGCUGCAGCGUGGUUGUUUCAGUGCUUGGAAGAAGGGUCAAGAAAAGAGAAAGUGUCAUCCCUGACCCAGAUUACCGCAUUCCGGUUGUUCUUCUUGGUUUAGCUGGAGGAUUAGUCUAUACAGAUAAUAUAGUAGCAGCUACACCAAUUGGUCUCCUCGGGUUGCUCCUAUUGGUCCAGACGACAAGAGUGAGAUUUGUGUUUGACGACGAUGCCCUGGAAGUGAAAGUUGGAGAGCAGCUUGAGGAGUCUGGUGAAAAUGUCUUUGUUGGUGGAAAAAACCGCUGGAAAUUUUCAACGUUUGUGAAUUGGGAGCUCUGGUGGCCAAAUUUUCCAAUCUUAGUGUAUUUUAAAGAAACACAAACAAAGCCUGAAGGACAAGUGCAUUUCUUCCCAGUAAUCUUUAAUGGGAAGCAACUUUACGAUGUUAUGGUGGAACGAGCUGGUCCUUCAAAGACGAGUGCACCCAAGAAGUCUUAAAAGCAUGAGCUUCAUCGUGUGAACCAUCCAACCUUGUCAUCUUAGUUUUUGCUACACUUGGUUGUCCAGAAGUAUAGCAUUUCUUGAUGGAUAACAACAGAAAAAAUUGAGUUCUAAUGAGAAACUAAUUAUGGGGCUGAGUUGUUCUGGUGUUUUCAAUGCAAAAAACUCUACAUUCCUAGAUGACCAAACAAGAAUUAGGAUCCUUUCUAUAUUUUCCUUGGAAAUAAUCAAAAUAUAUGAGACUAUUAUCAAAGAGAUUUGUUGAAU